UCUGUGCAUGACUCCAGCUCACCAGUUUCUCGUUUCAGCUUCUUGAGCUAACAUGCAACUCCUCUUGGGCUCGCCAUGACUCGCUCAAAUACGCAGUCGCAGUCGCAGCAGCGGUCUUAACAUGCACCCGAGCUUUAGUUGGUUCUUGCCGCCUGCGAUGGAGUCUUUGAAUAGCAGAAGAAAUAGUCAAGUUAAUUAGUGGGAAUGUCAUUAGGAUCACAAGUACACGACCCUUUUUGGACGGCCCGACUUUGGAGUUACCGACACGGAAAGGUCGGUUCUUUACCCUUCCCAGCGAUACUCUAGUGGCAUUUUGGGAAUUUUUUUUUAUCGAGCUUUGUAGUUGGAUAGUAGAUGAACGAACUUAAAGAAGACGGAGAUAACGAAGGCGUGCGGCAGUUCGCUUCAUCCGCCUUGUGACGAUGGACUCGAUCUCGUGGACUUAAAAAAGUAUUAUGUGGAAUUGUUCUUGCUAUAAGUAAAUGCCUCGAAUUCGAGUAGCGGAAAAGAAAAAGAGAGAGAGAAACUCCGGUUUGGUUGGUCGGAAAAUCUGAGUGGAUACGCAGAGUUAGUUUGAGUUUUGGUGAAAUAUAUCCAACCAACAAGAUUUCAUUCUUCUGAUGAACGUCGAAACUCGGAAAAUAUCCAACCACAAGGUGUCAACUGGGGUUUUGAUCAUUCGCUUGGUGAAAAGAUUGUUGUCCAGGGAAGCAGCUGCAUAAAAUCAGGUGGGUUUCUCAGGGUCUGAUUGUUGUGGAGUUAAUGCAACCAUCAAAACGUUAGUAAGAACUGGUGAGACAAACAAACAUUCCCCCGGGCCACGCCUCUUUGAUAUCCUGAGGGUCUCAGAAAUUAAAGUGGUGCUGGUAUUGUUGAUCUGUUGAUUCUGGAGUUGUAUUGUAUUAGCUCUUGGGAAAGAAAUGGUGGGUAGUGUUGAGAGGGUUGCUCAUAAUGGAUACUCAAAUGGGUCCAUUCACAAUAAUGGGAAUGGUUUGGAGGAAAACCUCGACGAGCUCAGGCGUUGUCUCCUCAAGGCCGAUGGCGAUCCGUUGAGAAUUGUCGGUGUGGGGGCCGGUGCCUGGGGCAGUGUUUUUGCAGCUCUGCUUCAAGAUAGCUAUGGCCAAUUUCGUGACAAAGUUCAAAUCAGGAUAUGGCGAAGGCCUGGUCGAGCCGUCGAUAGAGCCACAGCUGAACAUCUUUUCGAAGUCAUAAAUUCAAGGGAGGAUGUCUUGAGGAGGUUGAUACGACGCUGUGCGUAUCUGAAGUACGUUGAGGCUAGACUUGGCGAUCGUACUCUAUUAGCUGAUGAGAUUCUGAAAGAUGGUUUCUGCUUAAACAUGAUCGAUACGCCUCUCUGUCCCUUGAAGGUGGUCACCAACUUGCAGGAGGCCAUCUGGGACGCUGACAUUGUGGUGAACGGGUUGCCUUCCACGGAGACAAGUGAGGUAUUUGAAGAGAUCAAUCGUUAUUGGAAGGAGAGGAUCACCAUGCCCAUCAUUAUCUCUCUGGCGAAGGGCAUAGAAGCUGCAUUAGAUCCUGAACCUCAUAUUAUAACUCCCACUCAGAUGAUUAACCGCACAACUGGAGUCCCCAUAGAGAACAUACUUUAUCUAGGUGGACCAAAUAUCGCUUCUGAGAUUUACAAUAAGGAAUACGCAAAUGCUCGAAUAUGUGGAUCUGACAAAUGGAGGAAGCCUCUUGCAAAAUUUUUAAGGCAACCCCAUUUUAUAGUGUGGGACAACAGCGAUCUUGUCACACAUGAGGUCAUGGGCGGCCUUAAGAAUGUCUAUGCCAUCGGAGCUGGAAUGGUUGCUGCUCUUACCAAUGAAAGUGCUACAAGCAAAUCAGUGUACUUUGCACACUGUACAUCGGAGAUGAUAUUCAUAACCCAUUUGUUGGCGGAAGAACCGGAGAAACUUGCUGGACCUUUGCUGGCUGACACAUAUGUGACAUUGUUGAAAGGUCGUAAUGCAUGGUACGGGCAGAUGUUAGCCAAGGGGCAGCUGAACCUGGACAUGGGAGAUAAUAUCAGCGGAAAAGGAAUGAUUCAGGGUGUCUCAGCUGUCGGAGCCUUCUAUGAACUAUUGAGCCAGUCGAGCUUAAGCGUGUUGCAUCCUGAAGAAAAGAAGCCUGUUGCGCCUGUUGAACUAUGCCCGAUCCUGAAGACACUAUAUAAGAUUCUGAUAGUGAGGGAAGAACCUGCGCGAGCUAUCCUGCAAGCACUGAGGGACGAAACCUUGAAUGAUCCUCGUGAACGAAUCGAGAUUGCACAGAGCCAUGCUUUCUACCGACCUUCACUUCUCGGUCAGCCUUGAGCAGCUUGUUCUUCCAAGAGAGCGAUAAUAAGAAAUCAGCAUUUUCUCAGAGGCAUUUACUUGUAUGCAAGACAGAAACAUAAUGGAUUUAUAAUGGAUAUUGAAUUAGUACAUCUAUAUUAUGAUCAACUGGUAGCUCUUACGUUCCAGCUAGAACUGGCUGCACAGCUUUUAUGCAGGAUUUUGCAAGUCUUUCCAAGCCCUUCUCAUAUUAAGGUGGCACUUUUAUC